GAUGUCUUGUUGGUAAGGUUCGUGUCAAAAUUAGCUAGACACACCAUUCAUUGACAUUUAAGGCACCUUACUUUUCUGCAAUCGAGUUACGUGCUUCGCAUUUUGUCCAGUUGUACUGAUUCGCACAUUUUUUUUAAAUAAAAUAGAUCAAAUAACUUGAAGUAAAAUUAUCGGUUUUUGUGAAGAAAAAGUGAAUUAAAGAAGCACAUUUUCAUUUAAUUCACUACACAGUAUUGCAGGAGAUCGCAACAACAGUAAAGUUGACUGAAUCGCGGAGUUAUUUCGUUUGCAUUUACGUGGAGCGGCGGCGGCUGAACGUGUUGAAAUUGCGCGAGGAAAAAUGGUUAAGACUAAAAAGGGCAAGAAAGAGAUAGCUAACAACGCCGUUGGAGGCAUAUCGUCCGGCGAUGAAAUGGAUCAAACCGAUUUACGGGAAGCUAACAUCGAUUCUGAUGCUGAGCAUGAUAAUGUAAGUCUGAAGAAUAAAAAGAAUCAACAAAGGACGUCGAAGAAAAGUAAGAAAAAUCACAAAGAUUCUGAAGAGGCCGAAGAGGCCGAAGAUGAGGUGGAGAGCAUUACACCCGAAUUGAAGAAAAUGUCUGUGAAAGGAAAGGGUAAAAACAAAAGCAAAUCAAAGAAAAUUGAUUCGGAUGAUGAGGAACCUGGAAGCGAUGAUGUAGAGGAAUUGCCAGCAAAAUCUAAGAAAAAUAAGAACAAAAAAUCAGCGUUCGCUUUACUGGAGGCUGAUGAUGAUAACAAUUAUGAGCCACCAGCUCAAGAUAAGGAAUCGGAAGAGGAAGCAGAGCAACCAUUAAGAUCAUCAAAAAAAGAAGAUAAGAAUGCUGGAAGAAAGGGUAAAAAAUCCAAAAGGAGAGGCAAGGAUGAUAAUGAUGACGAAGAUUUAGAUAAAAUACUGGCCGAAAUUCAGGCAGAAUAUACCGGAGAAGCACCAGUAACGACAUCAACAUUAAACGUAGUUUCACCAGAUGAUUUGGAUGAUGAAGAGUUCGGCAAAAAGAAGAAAAACAAAAGUAAACAGCAAAAAGCUCCCACUGAAGUAACAACAGAGGAAGCUGUUGGUGGCGAUGACAAUGAGGAAGGUAGUACAGUGAAGACUGCUGCACAAAAAAAGCGGGAAAAAAAGGAGCGGCAAAAGCGUGAAGCGGCUUUGGCUAAACAGCGGGCUACACAAGAGCCUGAGCAAGUUACUAAUGAAAAGACAUCUGAAGCAAGCGAAACAUUAGCAACACAAGAAAAGACUGACUAUCCCACAGUAUCAGUAGAUCCACAAGAUGCUGCUGAAGAGGGAGGUAAUGAGGAAGCUGGUACAGGAGUUGAAGAAGAAUCAACCAAGGACAAAAAGAAUAAAAAGAAGGCCAAAAAGGAUAAAAAAUCAGAAGAAGAAGAAAACAAAAAGGAAGGUAAGAAGAAGGGAAUGUCAGCGGCUAUGGUGGCUGCUAUGCAAGAACGAUUGAAACAAAUUAAGGAGGAAGAGGAACGUCAACAGCGUGUCGAAGAGGAACGUUUACGUCAAGAGGAAGAACGUGAACGGCUUAGGUUGGAAGCCAUAAAGCUUGAGGCUGAACGAAAGGAAAAGAAAAAGCAAAAAGAGGCUGAAAGAAAGGCGCGCCUGAAGGCCGAAGGCAAGCUAUUAACUAAGAAACAGAAAGAAGAACGCGCACGCGCUCAAGCUAUGUUAGAGGCUUUGAAAGCACAGGGCCUAGAAAUUCCCGAUCCAAAUGAAAAACGACAAACGAGACCAGGCACUCGUAUACGCCCGAAAAAGAAAACACCUGUUAACAAAGAGGAAGAAACAGAAGCCGAAGUUAAGGCCGCUGAGGCAGCUGCGGCUGCAAAUGCUCAAAAUCAAGAAUCAGAUAAGCAAGAAAUUGUCAAAGAUUCUUGGGAUGCCAGCGAUUCAGAAAAAGAAGAUAAUGGCGAUGAUGAUAUUUCACAAGCUACAACUACUACCACAAACAAUGAUGAAAAGUCCAACAGCGGUGGGGAAGCUGCAGCUUCUGGCACAGUAGCUAAUGCUGAGGAGUCAUCCGAAGACGAAUCGGAAGAAGAAGAUGAAUCCGAUGAUGAAUCUGAUGGCUCGGCUUCAGAGUCGGAAAAAGAAGAAGCUAUUAGUGCGAAUGACGCAGAAGCACGCAGACUGCGCGCCGAGGCGCGUAUUUUAAAGCGUCAAGAUGAGGCAGAGAAAAAUCGUACUGUCGACGAUUUGCGUGCCGCGGUUGUGUGUGUACUUGGUCACGUCGAUACAGGCAAAACGAAAAUUCUCGACAAGUUACGUCGUACUCAUGUACAAGAUUCUGAGGCGGGCGGUAUUACUCAACAGAUUGGUGCGACUAAUGUACCAAUCGACGCAAUAAAAGAACAAACAAAACCGGUUCAUAGCUCGACAGGUUUCGAAUUUAGAUUGCCAGGGUUAUUGAUAAUCGAUACGCCUGGGCACGAGUCCUUCAGCAAUUUACGCAACCGUGGAUCAUCUCUCUGUGAUAUUGCUAUUUUGGUGGUGGACAUUAUGCAUGGUUUGGAGCCACAAACAAUCGAAUCAAUUAAUUUGCUUAAGAAAAAGAAGUGUCCCUUCAUCGUUGCUUUGAAUAAAAUUGAUCGAUUGUAUGAUUGGAAGGUAAUGGCACGCCGAGAUGUGCGUGAUGUACUGAAGGAGCAGCAAGCUAAUACCCAACUUGAAUUCAAACAACGUUCGAAAGAAGUGAUUCUUCAAUUCGCUGAGCAAGGACUUAAUGCUGCACUCUUCUACGAAAAUCCAGACCCGAAGACGUACGUUUCUUUGGUGCCCACCAGUGCAAUAACUGGUGAGGGUAUGGGUAAUCUCCUAUUUCUCAUCGUGGAGUUCUGUCAAAAGAUGUUGGCUAAACGCUUAAUGUAUUCAGAUGAAUUGCAAGCGACAGUAUUGGAAGUCAAAGCCAUUGCAGGUUUGGGCACCACAAUCGAUGCCAUCUUGAUAAAUGGAAAGUUGCGAGAAGGUCAGACCAUGAUACUGGCUGGUACUGAUGGACCCAUUGUAACUCAAAUACGUUCCCUUCUGAUGCCUCAACCCUUGAAAGAGUUACGAGUAAAGAACGCAUAUAUUGAGUACAAAGAAGUGAAGGCAGCGCAAGGAGUCAAAAUUGCUGCAAAAGAUUUGGAAAAAGCCAUUGCAGGAAUUAAUCUACUUAUAGCCCACAAGCCGGAUGAAGUAGAAAUUUGCAAGGAAGAAGUGGCACGUGACUUGAAAAGCGCUUUGAGUCAUAUAAAACUUGCACAAACAGGUGUGUAUGUGCAAGCAUCAACACUAGGUUCUUUAGAAGCAUUGUUGGAGUUUUUGAGAACGUCCAAAAUUCCGUAUUGCUCCAUUCGGAUUGGUCCUGUUGUGAAACGUGAUGUGAUGAAAGCAUCCACUAUGCUGGAACAUGAGGCACAAUAUGCAACAAUUUUGGCUUUCGAUGUAAAAGUGGAGCGUGAAGCUCAGGAGAUGGCAGAUUCGUUGGGUGUGAAAAUAUUCCAAGCUGACAUUAUUUAUCAUCUGUUUGACAAGUUUAUGGCCUAUCGUGAUGAGCUGAAGCAAAAGAAACGCGAAGAAUUCCGCUCAAUUGCCGUCUUUCCAUGCAAACUUAAGAUCUUGCCUCAAUUUAUCUUCAACAGUCGUGAUCCGAUAGUAAUGGGUGUAAUGGUGGAGAACGGUAUUGUUAAAGUCGGAACACCUAUUUGUGUGCCCAGCAAAGAGUUUGUUGACAUUGGUGUUGUUACGUCAAUUGAAUCGAAUCAUAAGCAAAUAGAGAGCGCACGGAAAGGACAAGAGAUUUGCAUAAAAAUUGAACCGAUUCCUGGUGAAUCACCGAAAAUGUUUGGACGCCAUUUCGAAGCGGAAGAUAUGCUUGUGAGCAAGAUCUCACGACAGAGUAUCGACGCCUGCAAGGACUAUUUCCGUGAUGACUUAAUUAAGGCUGAUUGGUCGCUUAUGGUUGAAUUGAAGAAGCUUUUUGAAAUUUUAUAAGCUUAAAAAGCAAAGCACAUAAAUAAUAUUUAAACACUUAUAUAAUUAAAUAUGCGGAAAUACAACAAAUGAAAAAAUAAGCCAAGAAAAGAAAAAAAAAACAAAAACGCAAAUAAUAUGCAAUUGCAGCGCAGCAGA